GAAACAUUCAAACUGGAUUUUUAAAUAAUUACAAGUCAGUGAUGGAUCAGAAGUUGCAGAAUGCAAUCCCAAAUAGAAGUCUUCAAAAGAAUUGCUUUAAAUAACAGAGGAAAGAAAAUUGAUCUACUACUCUAAAACCCUGAUCUAGAAAAACAUAUUACACAUGCUGGGAAGUUAAAACUGGGGAAAUUUAUCUGGCUCUUAAUGCAUCUGAAUCAAAGGAACUGUCAUUUUCUCAAAGGAAUUUUAUAUAUGAUAUUUUUUUAAUAACCAGUUGUUUUAUUAAAAUCUUGAUAUGAUUACUAGGGAGGAGAAACAGAGUAGUAGGUAAAACCUGCGUGUUGGUCAAGAUGACUUCUGAAGAAAUGGCAGCUUCUAAUCUCAUACCUGUGACUCAGAGAAAAGUGGUGUCUUCUCAGUCAGCUGUAGAUGAAAGUAAUGAAAAGGCUUCAGACGUCAGUGUUCCAAAGGCACACACUGUCAGGCAGAGUGGGCGGGCUUCUCAUACCAUCUCAAAACCAAACAAACUUAAAGAAGAAUCUUCUGGAAGCAACUUGCCUAAGAUUCUCUCGAUAGCAAGGGAGAAAAUAAUGAGUGAUGAAAACAGUAAUGAAACAUGCUGGGAGAAAAGCAUGCCAGAUUCUGUGGAAAACCUUAACAUGAACUAUAACAACGUAUUGGAAAACCAUCAGUGUGGUCUUCCUCAGAGCCAAUUUUAUGAAACAUGUGAUUCUGUCACAGAGGAAGGCCUCUGUUUGGAAACUGGAAUCCCUUCUUCACUGGAAAGAAAGGUGUUCCCUGGAAUUCAACUGGAAAUAGAGGGACGUCCCAUGGGCAUCAGUCCCUUAGGAAAUCAAUCGACAGUCAUAGAGACCAGUGGCGCACACCCUAACAGCGACUUGACAGUAUUUCACUUUCAUUAUGAACUUGACAGAAGAAUGUCAGACACUUUCUGUACCCUAUCAAAUAACUUGAUUUUGGAUGAUUGUGGAAACUGUGUUCCACUGCCUAAUGUUGGUGGGGAGCAAAAGAAAAAUUAUAUGGCAUAUGCUUGUAAACUGAUGGAAUUGACAAAAAGCUGUGAUAAUGAGAACGGGCAGCUACAGUGUGAUCAUUGUGACACCAUGAAUGAUGAAUACUUGUGCUGUGAAGGUUCCUGCCGAAAGGCCAAUAUGGUAUGUUCAAGUGACAGCUUUUGCAGGGAGGAUUUUACUGAUAGUCCAUCUGCCGAGACCUUUCUGAGCCAUUUUGAGGACUUCCCUGAUAAUUGUGAAGAUGUAGAAGAUUAUUUUAAAAGUAAAAAGGAGCGGUCCACUUUAUUAGUAAGGAGAUUUUGUAAAAAUGACAGGGAAGUUAAGAAAUCUGUGUAUACUGGGACAAGGGCAAUUGUGAGAACUCUGCCUUCUGGCCACAUUGGACAGGCAGCUUGGAGUUACAUUGAUAUGAAGAGAAGUGGUCUCUUACUGCCAUGUGGGAGAGUAACGGGCCAGCUGUCAACAGUGAUUAGGCAAGAUGGGAGCCGAUGUCUGUCAGAAGCCCAGUGGUAUCCGAUCUACAAUGCAGUGAGAAGGGGAAAAGAAACAGAAGAUACAAUUGGAUCUCUUCUCCAUUUCUUCACAAAGCUCCCAGCCUCCGAGACAGCCCAUGAAAGGAUUAACGUUGGUCCCUGCUUAAAGCAAUGUGUCCAAGGCACCAUAUGUGAGUAUCGUGCCACCCUCCAAAGGACCUCCAUAUCUCAGCACAUCACCGGUUCUCUCCUAGAAGCAACCACAUCUUUAGGAGCAAGAAGUGGCCUUCUCAAUACUUUUGGAGGUUCCACCGGACGAAUGAUGCUGAAAGAACGCCAAGCAGGCACCUCUAUGGCCAACUCCAGCUCCCUCCCUUCAAGUUCAGCUGGGAUCAGCAAGGAACUGAUUGAUCUGCAGCCCCUCAUCCAGUUCCCUGAGGAAGUUGCCAGCAUCCUGAUGGAGCAGGAACAGAAUAUUUACCGAAGGGUCUUGCCAGUUGACUAUCUUUGCUUCUUGACCCAGAACUUGGGUACUCCGGAAUGUCAGAGGUCCCUGCCCUGCCUCAAAGCAUCCAUCUCAGCAUCAAUUCUUAACUCCCAGAAUGGAGAACACAACCCCCUUGAAGAUCUUGUGAUGAGAUUUAAUGAGGUGAGCUCCUGGGUGACGUGGCUGAUCCUCACGGCGGGCUCCAUGGAGGAGAAGCGGGAGGUCUUCUCAUAUUUGGUGCAUGUAGCCAAAUGCUGCUGGAACAUGGGCAACUACAACACUGUCAUGGAGUUCUUGGCCGGGCUCAGGUCAAGAAAAGUUUUAAAAAUGUGGCAGUUCAUGGACCAGUCUGACCUGGAGACCAUGAGGAGCCUGAAGGAUGCCAUGGCUCAGCAUGAAUCCUCCUGCGAGUACAGGAAGGUGGUGACGCGGGCGCUGCACAUCCCCGGCUGCAGGGUGGUCCCGUUCUGCGGGGUGUUUCUGAAGGAGCUCUGUGAGGUGCUCGAUGGUGCCUCCAGCCUCGUGAGGCUCCGCCCAAGAUACAAUUCCCAAGAGGAAACUCUGGAGUUUGUAGCCGACUACAGUGGACAAGAUAAUUUUUUACAACGAGUGGGACAAAAUGGCUUGAAGAAUUCGGAGAAAGAGUCCACCGUCAACAGCAUCUUUCAGAUCAUCAGGAGCUGCAGUCGCAGCCUGGAGAUGGAAGACGAGGACAGCCCCAGCGAAGGGAGCGGCUCUCGGAAAAACUCCUUGAAGGACAGAGCUCGAUGCCAGUUUAUAAUUGGAGAUUUGCUGGAUACGGAAAAUGACAUCUUUGAGCAGCCCAAAGAAUGGGACCCUCAUGGACCAGAAGAGCCACAGAAGGCCUUUGACCAUGGGACAGAGCUCAUCCCGUGGUACGUCCUGUCCAUCCGAGCUGACGUGCACCAGUUCCUGCUGCAGGGGGCCACAGUUAUCCACUAUGACCAGGACACACACCUGUCCGCCCGCUGCUUCCUCCAGCUUCAGCCUGACAAUAGCACCUUGACCUGGACAAAGCCCACCACUGCCUCCCCAGCCAGUGCUAAAGCAAAACUUGGUGUGCUGGCUAACGCACCCGAGCCUGGCAAAUUCCCAUUGCUGGGCAACGCUGGAUUAAGUGGCCUGGCGGAGGGGGUCUUGGAUCUGUUUUCUGCAAAGGCUGUGUACAUGGGACACCCCAACAUUGAUAUACACACUGUGUGUGUUCAGAACAAACUGAGUAGCAUGUUUCUGGCAGAGACGGGUGUGACGCUGCUCUAUGGGCUUCAGACCACUGACAACAGAUUGCUGCACUUUGUGGCACCGAAGCACACAGCUAAAAUGCUCUUCAGUGGGUUGCUGGAACUCACAAGAGCUGUGAGAAAGAUGAGGAAGUUCCCUGACCAAAGACAGCAGUGGCUGCGGAAACAGUACGUCAGCCUCUACCAGGAAGAAGGGCGGUAUGAAGGCCCGACUCUGGCCCACGCUGUGGAGUUGUUUGGCGGCAGACGAUGGAGUACCCGGAACCCCAGCCCCGGGACAUCAGCGAAGGGCGCCGAGAAGCCCAACAUGCAGAGGAACAACACCUUGGGCAUCAGCACCGCCAAGAAGAAGAAGAAAGUCCUUAUGAGGGGGGAGAGUGGAGAGGCAGCCGACGACGAGAUGGCCACCCGAAAGGCCAGAGUGCACAAGGAGUGUCGGAGCUGGAGUGGCUCUGAUCCCCAGGACAUUAAUGAGCACGAAGAAUCGGAGGCGAAUGCCAUCACAAGCCCACCUAACCCUCUCCCUUCCAGAAGAGCCCACUCUCUGACCACGGCUGGGUCCCCCAACUUGGCUGCCGGGACGUCAUCUCCCAUCAGGCCAGUGUCCUCCCCUGUGCUGUCUUCAAACAAGAGCCCGUCCAGUGCUUGGAGCAGCAGCAGCUGGCAUGGCCGCAUCAAAGGAGGAAUGAAAGGCUUUCAGAGCUUCAUGGUUUCCGACAGUAACAUGAGUUUCGUUGAAUUUGUUGAGCUGUUCAAAUCCUUCAGUGUAAGGAGCCGCAAGGACCUGAAGGACCUCUUCGACCUCUACGCCGUGCCCUGCAACCGGUCAGGCUCUGAGUCGGCUCCGCUCUACACCAACCUAACCAUCGACGAAAACACCAGCGGCCUGCAGCCUGACCUGGAUUUGUUGACCAGAAAUGUCUCGGAUUUGGGGUUGUUCAUUAAAAGUAAACAGCAACUGUCAGACAACCAGAGGCAGAUCUCUGACGCCAUUGCUGCUGCAAGUAUCGUGACGAAUGGCACUGGGGUCGAGAGCACAUCCCUGGGCGUAUUUGGGGUUGGCAUACUCCAGCUCAAUGACUUCCUAGUCAACUGCCAAGGAGAACACUGCACGUAUGAUGAGAUCCUCAGCAUCAUCCAGAAGUUUGAGCCUAGCAUUAGUAUGUGUCAUCAGGGCCUAAUGUCAUUUGAAGGAUUUGCAAGAUUUCUGAUGGAUAAAGAUAAUUUUGCCUCAAAAAAUGAUGAGUCCCAAGAGAACAUUAAAGAAUUACAGCUGCCCCUCUCCUACUAUUACAUUGAAUCUUCACACAAUACCUACCUCACAGGCCAUCAGCUCAAAGGAGAAUCCUCAGUAGAACUCUACAGCCAGGUCCUCCUGCAAGGCUGUAGGAGCGUAGAGUUGGACUGCUGGGAUGGAGAUGACGGGAUGCCCAUCAUUUAUCAUGGACAUACACUGACAACCAAGAUCCCCUUCAAGGAAGUGGUUGAAGCCAUUGAUCGCAGUGCCUUCAUCAACUCUGACCUGCCAAUCAUCAUAUCAAUUGAGAACCACUGUUCAUUGCCUCAGCAACGAAAAAUGGCAGAAAUUUUCAAGACUGUGUUUGGAGAAAAACUGGUGGCUAAAUUCUUAUUUGAGAGUGAUUUCUCAGAUGAUCCGAUGCUUCCUUCACCUGACCAACUUAGAAGGAAGGUGCUUCUUAAAAAUAAGAAGCUAAAAGCCCAUCAGACACCAGUGGAUAUCUUAAAGCAAAAGGCUCACCAGUUAGCAUCCAUGCAAGCUCAGGCUUACAAUGGUGGGAAUGCCAACCCCCCACCUGCUAAUAACGAGGAGGAAGAAGAUGAAGAAGACGAGUAUGAUUAUGACUAUGAGUCCCUGUCGGACGACAACAUUCUAGAAGACAGACCUGAAAACAAGUCAUGCAAUGACAAACUUCAGUUUGAGUAUACUGAGGAAAUCCCCAAAAGGAUAAAGAAAGCAGAUAACUCUGCUUGCAACAAAGGAAAGGUGUAUGACAUGGAGUUGGGAGAAGAAUUUUAUCUUCCUCAGAAUAAAAAGGAAAGCAGACAGAUUGCGCCAGAGCUUUCCGACCUUGUCAUCUAUUGCCAAGCGGUAAAAUUUCCAGGCCUGUCAACUCUAAAUGCAUCUGGCUCUAGCAGAGGAAAAGAAAGGAAAAGCAGGAAGUCCAUUUUUGGCAACAAUCCGGGCAGAAUGAGCCCCGGGGAGACGGCAUCACUUAACAAAACAUCUGGAAAAAGUUCCUAUGAAGGAAUUCGACAGGCGUGGGAGGAAUCUUCUUCCCCCCUCAGCCCAACCACAUCCCUCAGCGCUAUCAUUAGAACUCCCAAAUGUUACCAUAUCUCAUCGCUGAAUGAAAAUGCCGCCAAACGUCUGUGUCGCAGGUAUUCUCAGAAAUUGAUCCAGCACACCGCCUGCCAGCUGCUGAGGACUUACCCGGCUGCCACCCGCAUCGACUCCUCCAACCCCAACCCCCUCAUGUUCUGGCUGCAUGGGAUACAGCUGGUGGCACUCAACUACCAGACAGAUGAUCUCCCUUUACAUUUAAACGCUGCCAUGUUUGAGGCCAACGGCGGCUGUGGCUAUGUUUUGAAACCCCCAGUUCUGUGGGACAAGAACUGUCCCAUGUAUCAGAAGUUUUCUCCCUUGGAAAGGGACCUGGACAACAUGGAGCCCGCCGUCUAUUCUUUAACUGUAAGUGUGGCCUUCCUGAAUAUGCACUCGUUUAGAAUUCAAGGCAUUACAAGGCUCUCCUGUCACAGUUUGGUUCAUGCAGAUCUAGUUCCCAAAAGGAUUUCUUUACGUCUUAAAAGCGGUGGCCGCGGUUCAGUGGACAGAGGAAAAGACCUCUGGGUGGCUGAUAGGAAAGAGGGACACGGUAACCUCUGCUGUCCAACCCACAGCGCCGGCAGCCCGUGCGUGGAGGUGGACGUCCUGGGCGCGCCGCUGGACAGCUGCCACUUCCGCACGAAGCCCAUCCACCGCAACACCCUGAACCCCAUGUGGAACGAGCCGUUUUUCUUCCGGGCUCACUUCGAGGACCUCCUCUUCCUGCGGUUUGCGGUCGUGGAGAACAACAGCUCGGCCGUCACGGCGNCCUUCCCAAAUGGCCCCCGGGGAUAUCGACAUCUCCAGCUGCGAAACCUCCACAAUGAGGUCUUGGAAAUCUCUAGCUUAUUCAUAAACAGCAGAAGGAUGGAAGAAAACUCCUUGGGCAGCUCUGUGCCGGCCUCUUUGAUGUUCAGUACAGAAGAAAGAAAAUGUCUGCAGACUCACAGAGUCACGGUGCAUGGGGUCCCAGGUCCAGAGCCCUUUACUGUCUUCUCUAUAAAUGGAAACACCAAGGCAAAGCAGCUUCUCCAACAAAUCCUGACCACUCAACAAGACACCAAACCUAUUGCCACAGACUAUUUUUUGAUGGAAGAAAAAUAUUUUAUAUCCAAAGAAAAGAAUGAAUGCAGAAAACAACCGUUCCAGAGAGCCAUUGGUCCAGAUGAAGAGAUCAUGCAGAUUUUAAGCAGCUGGUUUCCAGAAGAGGGAUAUGUUGGCAGGAUUGUCUUAAAAACCCAGCAGGAAACCCUAGAAGAGAGAAGCAUUGUUCAAGAUGACAGAGAGGUGGUCUUGAGCUCGGAGGAGGAGAGUUUCUUUGUCCAGGUGCACGACGUCUCUCCGGAGCAGCCGCGGACCGUCAUCAAGGCGCCUCGCGUCAGCACCGCGCAGGACGUCAUUCAGCAGACCUUGUGCAAAGCCAAGUACUCCUACAGCAUCCUGAGCAACCCGAACCCGAGCGACUAUGUCCUUUUGGAAGAGGUGGUGAAAGACCCCGCCAACAAGAAGUCUUCCACCCCCAAGUCCUCCCAGCGGGUGCUUUUGGAUCAGGAGUGUGUGUUUCAAGCCCAGAGCAAGUGGAAAGGUGCAGGGAAAUUCAUCCUUAAGCUAAAGGAGCAGGUGCAGGCAUCCCGAGAAGACAAGAGAAAAGGCAUUUCUUUUGCAAGUGAACUCAAGAAGCUCACCAAGUCAACCAAGCAGCCCCGAGGACUCGCUUCGCCUUCUCAGGCCUUGGCCUCAGAAAGUGUCCAAAGCAAGGAGGAGAGACCUGCAGGCGGCCUGCCCGCCGGGGACGCGACGGACGGUCGACAGUGAGCGCGGGCGGCAUGUUUGACCAGGUACACUACGCCAUCUCCCCGUUCCAAAGCGGGGUCCGCUCACGCCCCUUCGUAAGGCAUAACUGGUACAGGAUCUCUCAUGUCUUCCAAAUGGAGGUGCCCCUCAAGGCGGUAGGAACGGCACCAAACAGGAAAAGGCCUCUGAAGAUAUUCGGACCUUCAGAAGUGAUCGCUUUUAGACCACCUUCUUUUGUAGAUAACUCAACAAAGGGGAACAUUAUGUUCUUCUAAUUUAGGUUUGAUUUGGCCUCAACAACCUCAACUUCCCCUGCCUCACUUAAGAAAUUGGAAUCUGGCAUUUGUGACGUGAUGAUUAAAAUUUAGAAAGCAAAAUAACAUAGCCGCCUCCACCUUGAGACGGCAGUCAGUUGCGCCCCUGGGGGCCAGCCCACCGCUUGCUGUUCACACACACGGUACAUUUCAUUCUAUCUUUAAACAAAUUAUUUAUGUGGAACCUGAAUUUUUUUUAAAGAAGCAUAUGAGGAAACCAAACACAGAUUUCUUCUCUUCACUUAGUUUCCUAAUGAACCCAAGAGAUGACCAAAGCCACUGCUCCCCCCUUGUGUUGUGGUUCUAAGAUUUAACAUGCACAAGAGACCACAGUGAAGCACCGCUGCUGGUCCUGCGUGGCUUCAUCGGCUGUCUCCGUCACAGUCAGGGCUUUCUCACAUUACAUGUAAAGCUCUCAAUUAAAGAACUCAUCGCUACCCCUUGACGGCCAAUUCUGAUGUGUAACAGCCCAAAAGAAAGCCUGACACAUAGAGAGCCCCUAUUUCUACAUUUAAGGGCCAACUCCUGAAAUAACUGAUGCCCUGAACCAUACUCUUUCAAAACAACAGACAAGGCCAAAUACAGGAAACCACUGCCCCUGGACUAUCUGCCCGGCCAGCUACUCCCAGGGAGUCAGGGCGGUUUAGGUUAAGCAAAGACGCUUCGGAAAGAAAUCUCAGAAUCACAGAGCAUCAGAUAGUGGUGAAUUCACAGAACAGCGAGCCUCCGGGCUGUCCAGAUUCUGUGAAGGCUCAGCACCCAUUUCCUGUUGCCAUGCAGCUGGUAUCCCAAUGGUUUAAAAGCUCUAGACUCACUUCCCUUCUGCCCCCGUGUCACAGUCAGUGCCUUCUCCAAAAGCCAAGUGAGCUGUAGAACUAAACACCCACGUGGAGCCUCUCCAACAUUUAGAAAAUGACUCACCGUGGUAGUGGGUCUGUGAGCAGGCUGUAAGGACC